AUGUUUUCUAGACGGAGCAGCGCAUUACUUGCACUUCUUUGGGCAUCGAGCAUUAUCGAGCAUGUAGCGCUUGCACACAAGGGCCAUAAUUUAUGUGUCCUCCUGUCCCCAAAGGUUCGAUCACUAGAGCAGCAGAAUAAGCUGCUGGAGACAGAAAUCGAGGCCCUCCAGAACCGAUUCCUGAAGCCCACGGGCCUGCGCAUGCUGUAUGAGGAGCAGCUCAAAGAGCUCAGGAGGCUUGCCGAUCAAAUGAGAAAGCAGCGGGACCUGGCUGUUGCUGCCAAAGACGCCACGGCUAGACAGCUGGAGAUGAUGAAGGCCAAAUAUGAGGAAGCUGUGGAACUGAGGAGGAAGGCCGAGAUGGACAUUGAGAACUUCCGACCGGAUGUUGACUCAGCCACCUCCUCGCGCAUUGCUCUGGAAAAGCAACUUGAGAACCUGGAGGUUGAAAUUGAGUUCCUGAAGAGGAUUCAAAGAGAGGAAAUCGAGGACCUGAUGAAACAAAUCUAUUCUGCUCAUGCCACCGCCGGAAACGCCUUCGCCCUCCCUGACAUCGCGGCUGCUCUUAAGCAGAUUCAGCACGAAUAUGACGUCAUCGCGGCAAAGAAUCUUCAGGAAAUGGACUCGUGGUAUAAUUCAAAAUUCAAUGAUUUAAACAAUAAAACCACAAACCAUGUGGACAAAGUGCGUGGUGCACGAGAGGAGCUUGCAUCCGCUAAAAAAGAUAUUCAAGGCAAAGAGAGGGACAUGGAUGGUCUGAAGACCAAAAACGAUGGUCUGGAGGCUCAGAUUCUUGCAGCUCAAGAGAGACACAAGAAAGAGCUGGAGGCUCUCCAGGCCAGGAUCGAAGCUCUUCAGUUGGAGCUGAAAACCACAAAGGGGAAAAUUGCACACCUUCUCCUGGAAUACCAGGACUUGCUGAAUGUUAAGAUGAGCCUGGAGAUUGAGAUCACUGCAUACAGGAAGCUGAUUGAGGGCGAGGACAUGCGCAUCACCAGUAUGGUGCAGGGGGUGAUGGGCAUGAGUGCCAUCAGUGCUGGGGCGAGCAGAGUUAUGGGUCUCGGGGCCUUGGGAGCCGGAACCGGUGGAGCUGCCAAUGGGGGACUUGGAGGCGGUCUGGGAAAUGGCACCCACGGCCAGACCAUUGCCACCUACUCCGAGGAGCAGGCCGUGGAGAUGACUGAGAGGAAAACCGUGCUCAUUAGGACAGUUAAAACCGAGGACGACACCCUCGAGAGUGACACACAGGAGAGGAGAUACUUCAUUGAGGGACCUACCCUGUCCACUCACCCUUGACCUUACACUGGUGGCCCUGGCUCUGGGCUCUGACCUUUGACCUUGGCACAACACCAUGAAGAUGUCUACAUUUGCAAAAUGCUUCUCUCUCUCUGUGUGUUCAAAGCUGGCUGUGAAGGUUUUGAAAGCCAUUGUAUGCCUUACUACUGCUUUCUUGCAAGAAUUAAAUAAAAGCUCUCAGUAUCCA